GCCGCUUCGGGCAGAUUUGAUUUUCCCGCAGCCCGGGCGCCCCGGAGCCCGAGCCCAAGCCGAGGAGGUGGCGCUCGCAGCCGCGUCCCCAGCCCCGCCGCCGCCCGCGCCGAGACCCAGCGAGAGGCAGCGCAGCCCCGGCGCUCCGGCCACCCCCACCGCCCGCGCCCUCCGGCCCCCCACGCCCCUCUCCCUCUCCUGCACCCCUUCUGCCCCCGCCCGCAGCGGCAAGCCCCUCUCCCGUUGUCCCUCGCCACGACUCCGUGCGUCCCUCCCGGUGCCCUCUCCCCGCGCCCCCCGCGUCUCCCCGCUGCGCCCCAGCUCCCUGGGCGCCUUGCCCGUCUCCGCUGGGCCCCCAGCCUCCUGGUCGCGUCACUUGCACCCCCCUCCUCUAUCCGCGGCCCCCGCACCCUCCGCCCCGCCUUCCCUCUCUCACUUCCCACGCCCCCUCUUCGCGCUCGUCUCUCCGCCCUUUGCCGCCCAGCCCCGGCUCCGGAGUUGGGGGAGAGCCCAGGGUUUCAGUUGCUCCGGAGGAGGCGUGAAUCGCGCAGGGAGUGACUAAUUUGGGGUGGGGGGCGCGCUGGGCGAUGGAGCAGCCCGAGGACAUGGCGUCGCUGAGCGAGUUCGACUCCUUGGCGGGCAGCAUCCCCGCCACCAAGGUGGAGAUCACCGUGUCCUGCAGGAACCUUUUGGACAAAGACAUGUUUUCCAAGUCUGACCCACUGUGUGUCAUGUAUACUCAAGGGAUGGAGAACAAGCAGUGGCGGGAGUUCGGACGCACUGAAGUCAUCGACAAUACGCUCAAUCCUGACUUUGUACGCAAAUUCAUUGUGGAUUACUUCUUCGAGGAGAAGCAGAACCUCCGUUUUGACCUAUACGACGUUGACUCCAAGAGUCCUGAUUUAUCCAAACACGAUUUCCUGGGCCAGGCCUUCUGCACCCUUGGAGAGAUCGUGGGGUCCCCCGGGAGCCGCCUGGAGAAGCCCCUCGUGAUAGGAGCAUUCAGCCUGAAUUCCAGGACAGGCAAACCCAUGCCAGCUGUCUCCAACGGAAGUGGUCUUUGGAUGGAAAGUUUGAGAACCACUGGUGCAGAAGCCUCCGGUGGUGUCCCAGGGAAGAAAUGUGGCACCAUCAUCCUGUCCGCUGAGGAGCUCAGCAACUGUAGGGAUGUCGCCACAAUGCAGUUCUGUGCCAACAAGCUGGACAAGAAAGAUUUCUUUGGGAAGUCUGACCCCUUCUUGGUGUUCUACAGAAGCAACGAAGAUGGAACGUUCACCAUCUGCCACAAGACCGAGGUCAUGAAGAACACCCUAAACCCAGUCUGGCAAACUUUCUCCAUUCCUGUGCGAGCCCUCUGCAAUGGGGACUAUGACCGGACUAUCAAGGUGGAGGUGUAUGACUGGGAUCGAGAUGGCAGCCAUGACUUCAUCGGGGAGUUUACCACCAGCUACCGGGAGCUGGCCCGCGGGCAGAGCCAAUUCAACAUCUACGAGGUGGUAAACCCGAAGAAGAAAAUGAAGAAAAAGAAAUACGUGAAUUCUGGCACAGUCACGCUGCUCUCCUUUGCGGUGGAGUCGGAGUGCACCUUUCUCGACUACAUCAAAGGAGGGACCCAGAUCAACUUCACAGUGGCCAUCGACUUCACUGCCUCCAAUGGGAACCCCUCGCAGUCCACGUCCCUGCACUACAUGAGCCCCUACCAGCUGAACGCCUACGCACUGGCCCUGACCGCCGUCGGCGAGAUCAUCCAGCACUACGACAGCGACAAGAUGUUCCCCGCCCUCGGCUUCGGGGCCAAGCUGCCCCCAGACGGCAGGGUGUCCCACGAGUUCCCACUGAACGGCAACCAGGAGAACCCCUCGUGCUGCGGCAUCGAUGGCAUCCUGGAAGCCUACCACCACAGCCUGCGCACGGUGCAGCUCUAUGGCCCCACCAACUUCGCCCCCGUGGUCACCCACGUGGCCAGGAAUGCGGCCGCAGUGCAGGAUGGCUCCCAGUACUCCGUGCUGCUCAUCAUCACCGACGGGGUCAUCUCGGACAUGGCGCAGACCAAGGAGGCUAUCGUCAAUGCUGCCAAACUCCCCAUGUCCAUCAUCAUCAUCGGCGUGGGCCAGGCGGAGUUCGACGCCAUGGUGGAGCUGGAUGGUGACGACGUGCGGAUCUCCUCCCGGGGGAAGCUGGCCGAGCGGGACAUCGUCCAGUUCGUACCCUUCAGGGACUACGUGGACCGCACCGGCAACCACGUGCUGAGCAUGGCGCGCCUGGCCCGCGACGUGCUGGCCGAGAUCCCGGACCAGCUGGUGUCGUACAUGAAGGCGCAGGGCAUCCGCCCGCGCCCCCCGCCCGCCGCCCCGGCGCAGUCGCCCCCGCAGUCCCCGGGCCGCACGCCCCCUGCCUCCCCCCUGCACACGCACAUCUGAGCCCGGCCUGCGGCAGGGUUGGGGCCUGGGGAAGCCAAGAGGAGGACAGGCAGGGGCCCCAGACCCAGCUACUGUCCACCCAGCCCGCCCGGCCUUUGGCGCCUGUGUGCCUGGGCUGCGGCAGGGGGCGGGGUCUCUGGAGACUCCUCCCACUUUCCUGACCGCACAGCCCCAAUCCAGGGAGCUGGGGGCCACAGGUGGUGGAGGUGGCUUCUGAGCCCCUGCUCUUCUCUUCUUUCCCUGACACCUGGUUCUAACCCAGCCAGGAAGGUGUUAACAAUCAGGAUAUUUGGGGUCUCCCUCAGCCCACCUGAGCGAUCCCGUGUGCUCCUGUAAGAAGCCUGGUCUGGGCCUCCCUCCUCCAGGCCCUGUUGUCCCUCCCCACUCCUGUGGUGUCUACUCCUGUCGCCCACCCCUAACCGCCACCCCAGUAUCUACCUUGUCCCUAGUUCUGGGGAAGCCCGGGGGCUGCCAGGGUGCCGGGAUGUCUGAACGCGGACACUGCAUGCCGUGGGAGCUUUGCAGACCCAGGAGGAGAGGCUGGGUGGGCCAGGAAGGGAGGCUUUUCGGGCACAGGUCCUUUCUGGUGCCUCUCAGGCCCCAUGUGACGCUGGUUCUAGACACACGCAUCCACAGGGGGCCCCCGGACACCUCCACGGUUGGCUCCCCUCCUGCCCCCAGGGGCUGCUCAGGGUCCUUGGUGCCCACUCCCUGCUGUCCACUGGAGGCCUGGGCGGGGAGCAGCCUGGCCCCGGCACUCCCACACUGCCCCCCUGUCCAUGGACAGGAGACGGGAGUCCUGGGUUCAAGCCCUGCCUGCGGGGGGAACCCAAGCCAGGCCCCUCUGCCUUCUGGGUCCAUUCCCACAUCUGUGAGGCAAGAGGGCUGGCCAGUGGUCCCGGGUUUACCUUCGAAUCUGGUGUGCUGAGAGUCCAUUCAUCCCGUGCCGGCUUUCCCACCCCACUCCUCACCAGCACAGCCCCUCCCCCAGGCCGUCUUGGCUCUAGUGUCACCCUGUUCCAAGCUGUCCCCCCAAAUCCACCCUCAUCUUUCAGCCUGGGCUCUGGUGUCUGAGCCAGAGCCCCUGCCCCUGCUGUGGGAAAGGUGAGACAGGCAUUCUCACCCCGGGUCCCCCAGCGCCCAGCCUGUGGCCACGUGGGGAGCAGGUCAUGCAUGCCAGUCCCUCCCUCCCCCGGGGUGCCUCAGCCCCCUCAGGCCCCCGAGCCUGGGAAGAGAGCAGCCCCGAUCCCCAUCUGCUGCCCGACACCGCUUCCCUCCCAGUCGUGCAUGAUGGUGGUGUUUCCACGCUGUCUGCUCCUGUGCCCGCCCGUCUCUGAGACAGUCUCUGUGUGGAACUUGCCUUAAACUGAAGUAAAUUUGGUUCUUUUA